CCAAGGCACCGGGCUGCAGCCAACCAUCCGCCAUCGGUGUCCAUUCUUGUGGCCGUCUGCCUCCAUCUGGCGGCCCUCAUAUCUGCCUGUCGUCCACCCUCGAGCCGGCGUCAUCUCCAUCCUCGUUCACACUUCCAACUGUUGGGUUUUCGCUCCCUCUGCAGCAGCCCGGCUUCUGCUCCUGCAUUUCCGCUCUUUCUCGACCGUCCCUUUUUCGGGGAGUGUUGACGUUGUCGAUCUCCUCUGGUGCGUUCGCUCGUAACCUGCUGCUCACCGUCACUCACUCCGAUACCACCACCCAGCCUCUUCUUUCUGUCUUUCUGUCUUUCACUUCAACUCCAGUACUACACGUCCGAUCGUUAUAUUGCUAUUUCGUCAGUGUGAAGUUGUAAACGCCAGACAACCACCAUGACCAAAUUGACAAAGUCACCUCCACCCGCCUACUCAGGCAAGGUGGUGCCCCCAGGCUCGCUCCAGACCGCUGUGCCCUACGAGAAUCUGCCUCAGGGCACGCAGCCGCCCGUGACUGUCAGCACGGCCGUGUUACCCAGCUCCUACAAUGACCCUUUGCCUGACACGAACCCCUUCUCCCCGAAUUUCAGACCGGGGCCGGCUUCGACCGCCACGCCGCCAGCAGCGCCUUUCUCUCCAGUCUCGCCCAUCGCCGAAUCCAGUCCCGUCGAGCGCGCCUCACAAGCACCCAUUCAAGCGCCGAAGCCGCAGAGGCCCAGCGGCGACCAGCGCAAAUCGGUCGAUCUGCGCCGCCUCGACGGAAAGCCGUACCCCGGGUCCAACCCUGCUCACGAGAAGGAGAAGCCCAAGGUCGUGAAGGUCGCGAAGGACAUGCACGAUGGCGCGCUCCCGCCGGUGUACAAGCGUCAAGCAUCCGAUCCCAUCAACCCCACGGAGGUGUCAGACGCUCUGUCCAACGCGCACAAGUGUGGAAAGUGCGGCAAGAAACACGGUCAGGGCGACGGGCACGGGCACGGGCACGGGCACGGGCACGGCUGCAACCAGUGUGGGAAACGCAGGUCCAAUGCGGCGGAGUCGACCCCUCCCACGAUGACCCCCGCGCCCAUGCCCACGACGACCGCGCAUGCUCGCACCGUCUCCGACGGGCAGACGUCCCUGGGCUCGUCCAGGCUGUCGGAGAGCACCGCGGGGCCGUCCAGUUCACCCGGGUCGUCGACGGGGACGCGGUGCUGCACGAGGUGCGGACGAUACAAGCGGCCAAGCCCGGUGCCCAAUCCCUUCGACCAGCUCCGUCCCAACGGAUCAGGUCCCGCCACCGCCCCGAUGCCCAUGGCCAACCACCCCGCCAUGAGGCCCGGUCUCUCCAUCCAGCCCAACGCGCCGGGAAACAACCCAGCGUACCCCAAGAUUGACGUGAUCCCCCCGUCGGCCUCGACGUACCGGGCAGUCAACUCGCCCUUCUCGACCUACGGGGACGACUCGCCGCUCGUGGCCAAGGCCACCAAGCAAGAGUUCAAACUGUUCCGCAACUCCUCCCUCGCCCGCUCGCUCUCGCGGCGUCUCAGCAAGAAGGACAAGACCGCCGCGUCGGCCGCGGCGCCCCUUCCCAGCCAGCAGCUCGCGCGCCAGAGUGGAGAGCAGAGCGCCGGGACCCUGAUCAACAUGAUCAGCACCGCCAUGCAAGGACCCGGCAACGAGCGAGACGCCCACUACACCAAGCUCUCGGCGGGCAGCGAACCGGCGGACCGCCCUCAGACCCCGUUUUCGUUCGUGGGCGGCAAGGACGAGCAGGACGCCUUCGAGAUGGUCGACCUCCGCGACCAGGCCUCGGUCUCCAGCCAUGACAGCAUGAAGGAGGUGGUCAAACCUCAGAUCAGCGUGACGGAAUCCGACAGCGAGUACCAGACCGGGGUCCCCGACCACAUCGACGUCGUUCCGCGGUCCAAGUCGGCCGAGGUGGAGAGGAACCAGCACUUGUCGGUGAACGACGCGGAAAACAAACCGCCGAUCACGCGGUUCAAGAGCUUGAGACAGGGUGUCUCGAGGAUGGGCAGUGUCAGCCGCUCGACCAGCCUGAAGAGGCUGGGCAGCUUGAAGACGGUGCACCAUGCUUGGUACGUGGAGGGGACGGAUGGCAAUAAUGAGAAUAUCGUUCCUGUCUUCUAGAGCCGGAGUUGGAAUACGGUUGGGUAAUCUUGUAUUCAUGAUGUGAAGGGAUUUAUGAUUCUGCCGAUGAUACCAUUUGAGCUCCUUGAUGUUUCCAUAGAGAUUAAUGCAAUAUUCGUGUUUUUGGA